UUUCUGUUCUGUUCUGGCUCUAAUGGUCGAGUGUGGGUCUCCGUUUGUCUUUCGUGAAAAUAAUUGAAAUUAGUGUUAUCGAUAUAACAGUGAGCUUAGUUGUUUUCUAUUGAUCGCUAUCCAGCAUCGUGGGAUUGACCCAUUUCAGUAGUCACGGUAAUGUGCUGUUGGUUAUGAUAGCAUGCUUCACAAUUUUCGCGAAAAACGGGUGUAGCAGAUCAGCACAGGUCGGACAACUGAUGACACGCAAGCGAGCUCUUUCACCGGCAUCGAAACUAGUUUCAAACGCGCUUCUAAAGAUGCCCGCCAGAGAAGAGAUACCUCAACAUGCCGCAGGAGAAAGUGGCAUCCGUUAUCUGGAGGUACCGGAUAAAUCAUUUUCAGACAAGAAGCAAUACCGGUCACUUGUGCUACCAAAUGGCCUGCAUGCUUUGUUGAUAUCCGACCCAACGGAACGAUCACAGGCACAACAGAACACCACAGGUAAAGAAGAGGACCAGAGUGAUGAUGGGGCCAGUGUAACAUCGGCUACAGAGGAGCCAAGCGACAGUGAAAGCGAGGAUGACGCAAGCGAGACAGGAGGAGAAGAGGUCGGAGAAAAGCUAGCGGCUGCCGCAUUGUGCAUCGGUGUUGGCUCGUUCAGCGACCCUCGUUCAGUACAGGGAUUGGCACACUUUCUCGAACAUAUGAUCUUUAUGGGCAGCAAAAAGUAUCCAACCGAGAAUGAGUAUGAUGCAUACAUUAGCAAAUGUGGUGGGUUUGACAAUGCUGUAACUGAUCUGGAAGAAACGACGUUCUAUUUCGAGAUCGAUGAGGAAUACUUGGACGGUGCUUUGGAUCGAUUUUCUAGCCUUUUCGCUUCACCACUGAUGCUGCGAGAUUCCAUCGGGCGUGAAAGAGAUGCCGUUGAAUCGGAAUUUCAAACCAACAUUAAUAGUUUCUCUUCAAUGCGAGAACAACUUCUAGCUUCAUUGGGUCAAGAGCAUCAUCCGAGUAGUUUGUUCUCGUGGGGCAAUCUGCGGACUCUGAAGGACAAUGUGACACAAGAUGAAUUGCAUGAAAUUUUGCACCAAUUUCAAAAGCGGCAUUAUUCAGCCCAUCGGAUGCAUUUCGCUGUACAAGCAAGAAUGAGUCUGGAUGAGCUUGAGAAGCUAACGGUGAAGUAUUUGAACAAUAUCCCAAACAACAGCCUGCCUGUAGAAGACUUUUCUGCCUUUAAUGACAUGAACGCAUUCAAACCGGAUUUCUUUAAUAAAGUGUACUAUGUCAAACCCAAAUCGAACAUCUGUAGGUUGGACGUGACUUGGUGUUUGCCACCCAGCGUUGAGGAUUACAAGGUGAAACCAGUGGAUUAUUUAUCCUACCUUCUUGGAUAUGAAGGAAAAUAUAGUUUAACCAGCUAUCUAAGGAACAGAACCCUUGCACUUGAUGUACAAACUGGAUCAAGCUAUGGUUUCGAGAAGAACUCCCUCUAUACUCUUUUCGCUGUAUCCGUGACAAUGACUGACAAAGGAUUGGAAAACGUCGAAGAGAUUUUGAAAGCUAUCUACUCGUAUAUGCGACUCCUAAAGGAAAGUGGACCAGUAGAAUGGUUGUUUGAUGAACUGAAGGAGAUAGAAGACACCUCGUUCCGUUAUCGCAAGGAAAAAGAGGCCAGUGACAACGUAGAAGAGCUGGUAGUCAAUAUGCGGUACUAUCCGUCAAAGGACAUCAUCACGGGUUCCGAGCUUUACGACCACUAUGAUGCUGAUGAAAUUCAGAAGGUUAUCGAUAGUCUAAAUCAGCCUAAUUUCAACAUAAUGAUAUCGUCAUCUAAGCCGUACAAUGGAAUCGUGUAUGACAAGAAGGAGAAAUGGUUCGGCACGGAAUACACAGAGCGAGACAUUCCACAAGAAUGGAAAAACUUAUGGGCUAAUGCCACUAUCAUCCCAGAGCUAAGGCUGCAAGAGCGCAAUCAGUACAUAAGUACGGACUUCACUAUCUUUGCGAGCCAAGACGAUGCUGAUGCGGCCCUUAUUUCGCCCUUUCCCGAGAGGAUAAUGGAGACCGAAAAUAGGGAGCUAUGGUAUCGACAGGAUAACAAGUUCAACCUGCCUAUGUCGCUUAUGUACUUCUAUUUCAUUUCGCCACUACCAAUGCAUGACCCACAAUGCGCUACUCUUAUGAGUCUGUACACUUCGAUGUUGAAAUUUCAAAUUGCUGAAGAUCUUUAUCCCGCCACGGUUGCAGGGCUGAAUUAUGAAAUUUACGCUUCUGAGAAGGGAAUUAUUUUGAAGGUUGAUGGGUACAAUCAGAAACUACCAAUCAUUGUCGAUGAAAUUACCAAGGCAAUGCGAGAUUUUGAUCAAAACAUGAACUCCGAAGUGUUUGAUGUCAUUAAGAAAAAACUGGCUAAAGCAUACUACAAUGAAAUCAUAAAAGCCAGUAAACUAAACAGGGAUAUUCGUUUGAAGGUGGUACAGGACACAUUCUGGACUACUCUAGAGCGGUUCAAUUUAUUGAAAAACUUAACCAUUGACAAUCUCAGUCAAUUUUCCAAAAAAUAUUUCCGCCAAGUGAAAAUUCAAUCGCUGAUACAGGGAAACACUCGGAAGCAGGAUGCUUUGGAUGUUAUGUCGAAAGUGUUAAGCAACCUUGAGACUGGUGAAAUACUCGAUAAAUCUCUCACUGAAUCAAAAGCACGAGAAAUUCCGCUAGGAAACAACUAUCUGACGGUGAAAUCCUUCCGUGAGAAAGACGUCAACACGGUAACGACCUCCUUCUACCAAGCUGGACCUGUGACUCCAGCGAUCAAUUCACAAUUGGAAUUGCUGGUGAUGUUAAUCGAAGAACCACUCUUCGACAUACUACGGACCAAAGAACAGCUCGGCUAUGAUGUGUCCAUAACAAUCCGGGAUAACUUUGGUAUAUUAGGAUAUUCGGUAACGAUUCACUCGCAAGAAGACAAAUUCACGUACCAGCACAUUGACGAGAGGAUCGAAGACUUCAACGAAAGAUUUGUACAAAUUUUGAAGGAUAUGCCGGAAGAAGAUUUUCAAUUGGUGAAGAGUUCACUCCUGAAACGCAAGCAAAUAGUUGACACUGAAUUGAAGAAUGAAGUAAACCGAAACUGGGCCGAGAUUACUACCGAGGAGUAUGUUUUCAACCGAAACAAGCUGGAAAUGGAACACAUAGAUCAUUUGAGCAAGCAGAACAUUGUAGAUUUCUAUAAUCAGCUUGUAUUUGAUAACCGAUAUCGACGAAAGUUUUCCGUUCAAGUAGUUGGAUGCAGCGACAAGUCGAUUCAUUGUAACAGUGAGGACUCCGAAAAAGUGGAUGAGGCGGAAACCGAAGAUCUGGACAGGGAAUUUUCAAUUCACUACUUGACCACAGACGAUACAGGGCGCAACUACAUAACAGAUAUCGAACGCUUUGGAAAGACACUCAAAGUGUACCCCGUAACGAAGAUACAGUUUUCGUGAAUUUUUGCCUGUGAUUAUUGUUCCUCUGGUUUUGCUAAUUGGUGUUAAAUGUUGAAAUAAAAUUGUU